UGAGUAGAUAAUCCAAGUUAAAUACUAGAUUGAAAGUCGUUGUGAUGUCUGGUGAAAGUUUAUUGUUUAUUUUAGCUGUUAUUGUUAAUGUGGUCAACUUGUUUGCACAAGUUUUCUUUACUAUCAUGUAUUCUGAUUUAGAAUGUGAUUACAUCAACCCUAUUGAGUUGUGUAACAAAUUGAACCCAUGGUUCAUCCCAGAAGGUGGAUUACAUGCUGUUCUCUCUGCAUUAUUCUUAGUAAAUGGCUAUUGGUUUGUCUUUUUAUUAAAUUUACCUUUAUUAGCUUUCAAUGUCAACAAAUUUUUGAACAAGAACCACUUGUUAGAUGCUACUGAAAUUUUCAGAACUUUAUCCAAACACAAGAAAGAAUCUUUCAUUAAAUUAGGUUUCCACUUGUUGAUGUUCUUCUUCUACUUAUACAGAAUGAUUAUGGCAUUGGUCACUGAAUAAGCGGUUCGAACGAGUUUGAUUGUUGCUGCUUCCUUCCUUGGAUCUGUGACCAGCUCCCUCUACUUUAUGAGUUUCUUUCUUCCGUCAUCAUUGUCAUUAACCACCUAUGAUUGUGUCUGCUAACUUUAGCCUGAGCUUUAUGAGUUCUGACUAUUUUUUUUUUUUUGUCUUACUUUUCUUUGAUUUUAUUUGCUAUUCCUGUACUGUUUGACUAGAGUCAAUCACUAAUUUAUUAUCCUAUUAUCUGUUGUUAUUUACCAGUCAACUAGUGAAACAAUCGUCUUGUCUGUUAAUUAUUCACCUUCAAUUCUCUCGUCUAUAUAGAUCAAAC